AUGACCAGAAAAUCCAAUCCCAUUUACGUUGACAGCCACGAGGAAGCUCUUCGCGUGGUGACCCUGUUUGACAAUUUCCUCCUCGAUUGCGACGGAGUCAUCUGGCUAGCAGAAACCUUGAUUGAAGGCGUGGCCCAGUUUUUACAGCAGCUCCAGCUCCACAAGAAACACAUUGCAUUUGUCACUAACAACUCGUCAAAGUCACGCAGGGCAUACGUUGAGAAAUUCAACAGCUUGGGCAUCCAUGGCGUCACGAAGGAACAGAUAUACACAACGGGCUACUCGGCCGUUUUGGAGUUGAAGAAAAUGGACAUCGAAUCCGGCUCCAAAGUCUGGGUGUUGGGCGACUCGGGAAUCGAGGACGAGCUCGUUGACGAAGGCUAUAUCCCACUAGGCGGAUCCAACCCGCUCUUGGACCAAUCGUGGAACCCCAAGAACCCCUUGUUGAAAGUAGACCCCGAAGUGCGCGCAGUAGUAGCUGGAUCAACCAACGACUUCAACUUUAUGCGAAUCGCAACCACGUUGCAGUAUUUGCUCUACGACGGCGGCAAAUUGCCCUUUAUCGGCACCAAUGGAGACCGAAAUUACCCCGGUCCCGAUGGGUUGACGUUACCAGCGGGCGGAAGCAUGGUUGAAUACAUGUCCUUUUGCUCGGGCAGACCCUAUAUCGACGUCGGUAAACCAAGCAAGACCUUUGCCGAUGUCAUCUUUUACGACACCGGUUUCGAUAGAGCCAAGUCCAUCAUGAUUGGCGACACCUUGUUUUCCGAUAUCAAGUUUGCCAAUGACGCCGGCAUGGGCAAUGGCCACGGCUCCAUGCUUGUUUUGUCUGGUGUUUCCACGGUGGAUGAGUUGAAGCGCGUCAUCCUGUCUCCCACUGAUCAAGCAUUGAUUCCGCAGUUUUACACCGAUUCAUUAACGAAAUUUUACAAACUCAUCCAUUCAGAUUGA